UGGUCGCUUUCUAGCCGUGACGUAUGAUCCCCCUCUCCUCCCCUCCCCCGCCUUUUCCUCUCGUCAUCAUUCGAUAAACUAACAGACCGGAAGUAACGUCACGACGUAAAGCUACGUACGGCCGAAGGGUGUCGGGAGUUGUAGUUCUGGGAGGCUUUUGUAAACUGAGAGCGACUCUUGUUGCUAGGAGACGAGGAGAUUGGGCAAAGAAGGGGAAACCUGGGCUCGGGGAGCGGCUUGAGGCGCCGGCACCUGACGGUAAAGCGGCCCGAUACAGAGCCGAUCAUGAUGGACGCCGCACCUCUUUACGCCACCAAUUACUUCCCGGCGAGGAGCCUCUUCGGAGCCAGCCUCGGAGGGGCCGGUCACUGGCGGGUGGCUCGGAGGGACCCCCAGGACAAGCAGUUUCGGACAGUUGUUUGCUCAGCGUCCUCAGAGCAGAAGAAGGCGACUGAAAACGGAAGAGUAAGAAGGCGUGAAACUCGGAGAUGGCGAAUCAACAAGAUGGAAGACAGUGUGGAGCAUGUGCUGGAUACCACACUGCUGAUGAGGACGCAUCACGUGAAGAAGCCGUCUGAUCUGUGCGCUGCCGACCUCAGUGACCGAGGGCUGACGACUGCAAUGCAGUGGGAGAAGUUUCAUCAGUUCACCUGCCUGGCUUACAUCAAUGCAUCGGAGAAUAACCUGCCUCUAGAGGCUUUUCGGACAUUUCCUGCUCUCAGAGAACUUGAUCUUUCCAUGAAUGGAAUCCACAGAAUCACCAUCGUCCCCGGAGAGUUCCCACAGCUUGAGGUCCUGGAUCUUUCCUACAACUCUCUCUUCCCCGGGGACAUCCGGCAGCUGGGGGUCCUCCCACGUCUCCGAGUCCUCUGCCUGACAGGGAACAGGCUGACCCACCUGCCUCCGGACCUGACUGCUCCCCCCACGAAAGAUGGAGAGAUCCUGAUGUUCCCGAGUCUGGAAGUGAUGAUGUUAGAUGAUAAUUUACUGUCUCAUCCUGACGUCUUUAUGAGCCUGGCCGGUCUACAAGGGUUAAAGCUGCUGAAUCUGGACAAGAACCACAUCUCCGCUGUCCCCUUCCUGUCAGUGAGCUGCUCGUCCAUCAGUGAGACAGUGCCAGGAGGAGUUAUGGAGGGACAAGGUCAGGUGACAGAAGGUGACGUGGAGCGGAGUCAGGCAGCUGAAGACACCGUGGAUUAUGUGGUUCUCUGCAGCACAAGGGAUCCUGACAGGACAGAGGUGAUAUUCCCCUCCCCCCGCUCUCCGUUGCCCUCCGACCGUGCCCUGAAACCCCCGAAUAUCACCAUUCACCCCUCAGCUCUGACACCCCCAGAAUCAGCAUCACCCCCUCUGCCCAGCCUGAGGACCCUGAGUCUGGCGGACAACAAGAUACGUUAUGAAGAGGACGUGCUGCCCGUGGCGCUGUUCGCCUCACUACAGGAGCUGAUAAUUAACGGGAACCCCCUGACAACUCUCAGAAAAGGUGACCCCCCAUUACUGCGGAGCUUCCUCCAGCACAGGCUCGGGAUCAAUGUGAUUCGCAAAAAGUCUCCGGGAUUCCAUAAACCUCCUCUCAUCAUCCCGAGAAAAGAGGAGCGGAAGGUCACAACUCACGUCCCCAAAAUCCCUAAACAGCCUCUGAUGUUGGAGUCUCUGUUACCCUGUUUCCUGAGACUUCCUCAUCCCGAGAGUGACGUCACUGAAUCUGUGAUGUCGUCCAGCCCACUGCCACCAAUCAGAACCUCUUCAGAAGGAGGCAAGGACACGCCCCCGAGGAGUCAGGAGUCGGAAGAGGAAAUGAGCUUCAGUUCUGACCCGGGCGUGGAGUCCGUGUUCAUGACACAGGUGGACACUAUACCAGAUUCUCCUGCAGAGUCUCUCCACAACCCACACCCAAGAACCACCCCCGAGGAGCGAGAAACAGCAACGGAUAAGAAGACAGAACCUAAGAUCCCGAAGAAGUUCAUAGGCUACGAGGAGCUGUACAAUGUGAAGACGGAUCCUGCAUUCAUAGAGCCAGUAGGUAUACAGAACAAUGUGCGAGCCCUGGAAUAUGCGCUGAGACAUCUGCUUGUCUACAGAGACUACAAACCGAGACUGCACAGUGUCCAGAAGCCGUACGUCCCCGGAGAAAGCAAGUUUGGAGAAGUCCAUCCGCCACCUCGGAAGAGUAAGAAGGACGUAGUGGCCGAAGUCUUGACCAGCAUGAAGGAGCGGCGCCACCUAAUGGAGGUCCCAUUGGACUCCGCCCUGGAGGAGGGCAGGUCCAGAAAACAGCACAAAGAAGCAGAACUGCUGCUGAAGGAGUUACAGAAGAAAUAUCAAUUCUUCCACCAGGAGGCGGUGAAACGGGCGUUUGAGGUGGAGGCCGGACUCCGGGACACCGCCAGGCAACUGCUACAGGCUCAGAGAAAAGCGGGCGAUGUUCACAAGAGGGCAACGACUGGGAAAACCUGAGGAGCAGGGACACCUGGAGAGGAAAAAUCACCAAAAUGUGUGAACGCCGACUUACAGUUCACUUAUAUAAUUUAUCUACAUACAAAUCAGUCACUAACAUUACCGAUCGUGUACUGACACACCAGAGCUGCACUCAUAAUUCUGUAGCUUUAGAGCUGAAAUCUCCCAGUAUAGUUCAGUGUCUAUGUAUAAUACAGGAUGUAACUCGGGAUCAAUACAAAAUAAGUAAUGUAUGUACA